CGACCCGGCCCUCUCCAGCUAAGUUUUUGCAACUCACUCGUGAAACUGAAUUUUCUCAAUCCCAUAAUCGCACAUACGAUGCAAGAUUGGCACCUUCAUUUAUGUUGGAUCAAAAAAAUUGUGUCAUUAAGGCUUGGUUUUUAUGGCAGAGUUUUCAAUGGAAGGAGAAAAGGUAGGACUUCUCUUAGUAACUUUUCUUUGCUUGAGUUAUGCAUAUGAGGUCUCAGUAUCUUGUAUGAUGGCCUAUGAUGAGGGUGGUGCUUCAGCAGUUUUCAACUCGCCUGAAUGUCAUCGGUGGGAUUUUUCUACUGCUAUUAAAAAUGGAACAGAUAAUUGCCUCAUAGCUACACAUCAGGGGCGUAGGAAAUACCAAGAAGAUCGUAUUACAUGUUAUCCUCGUGUUACUGUUCCUGUUUUAGGUGAAGAUGGUGUGGAAGAAGCUAGUGUGGGUAUUGCGGCAGUGUUUGAUGGACAUGGAGGCAAGGAAGCAAGUGAGAUGGCUUCUCAGAAAUUAAUUGAUUACUUUCUAUUGCACGUUGUUUUCAACACAUACAAGAAUCUCUUUUCACACAGUAAAGAGCAUGAAGAACCAGGUCAAAAUAGCUUGAAAUUCAAAGUUGAUGAUGAGUCGACACUUGGAAUUCUAGAGAAAGCCCUCUUGAGAACAAUCCAAGACAUAGAUUCAGAGUUUACCCAGGAAGCUUUGAAGAAUGACUACAUUUCUGGAUCAACUGCAAUAGUUGUUCUUUGGAUGAAUGGGCAGAUAUUAGUUGGUAACCUGGGUGAUUCAAAAGCACUCGUAUGCUCGAGGAAAACUCAUUUUGAUCAGGAAAAUGAAGGUGAUUUGGUCACAACACUUCAAGCUAAGGAACUAACAAUGGAUCACCAUCCUGAUAGGGAUGAUGAAAAGGCUAGAAUUGAAGCAGCUGGAGGGGUUGUCCUUGUCGUUGGCGUGCCUCGUGUCAAUGGCAUAUUGGCUGUCUCGCGGUCUAUUGGUGAUAUUCGUUUGAAAAGAUAUGGAGUUAUUGCUGAACCAGAGAUCACGGGUUGGAGACGUUUGUCUAUUGAAGAUUGGUAUGUAGUGAUAGGAUCCGAUGGCAUAUUUGAAAGAAUGAGUCCCCAGGAUGUGUGUGAUAUUUUGCUCGAUAAUAAGGAUUCGUCCUCCUCUUUAGCAGAUUGCAUUGUCCACAAUGCAUUUAGGAAAGGUAGUGGCGAUAACUUAUCUGUUAUUGUGAUUCCAUUGAGACAAGAGUCCCCCCCUUCACUGGAACACAAACAGCAGAUAUAAAAAUUCCAUUGCCGGGAAUCGAACCCGGGUCUCCUGGGUGAAAGCCAGAUAUCCUAACCGCUGGACGACAAUGGAGCUGAUUGUUGAACUUGUGCGUAAGUAUCAAUAAGUAGUUAAAUGAGAAGAGAGUAAUUUCAUAGUGAUUGAACAUAUAUUCCUAAAUGAAAAAUUAAUCUACAUGAUUAUAGAUACUAUGACUUUCUUAUUUUGAACUCGUCGGUGUAAAAAUGAAAAGAGAAGACGAAUCAAUCAUAUAUUAUUGAUCAUCAUAAUUA